AUGAUUCACCGUCCAUCAAAGAUGACAACCAAACCUGGAUCACAUCAUCGAGUCGACUCGUUAAAAACAACAACAUCUCCCAUCCUUCUUCUUGUCAUCUCGACCGUGUUCAUUGCUGCGGCACUCCUUUGUCAUCAUUCCAUUGCCAUUCCCUCCUUCUACACCACCAAAUCCACCACCGAUGGCGAACUUGUGCAAAUCAAUUUACUCGAACGAGAGAUUGAAGGUUUCUUUUCCACACUCAAUCAAUACCCCACCUAUCGAUUCGACACUCUCAUUGAUGACUAUUUUCCUGAUUUGAAAUACAUUUCUCCAAAUACAACAUCAAGUGUCAAUGUGGAUGAAAGUUCUUCUUCCUCCUCGAGUAGUACUACAGCUACUACAAAAAUUCUCGUCAAUAAUCUUCAUGUUCACAUUCCACACGUUGGUUAUUCUGGAAAUGACAUUCCCAAAAAUAUGCCACAACUCAUCACAGCCACCUUUCUCGGAAAUGUCAGAGAUUUGAGAAAUUUAUUUGAAAAGGAUUGGAAAAAGAAUUUCAAAUCGGUACAUGUCGAUUUUUCAAAAUCUGAUAUUAUCUAUGUUCCAGAUGAAGCUGAGAGAAAUAUGGAUCUCAUUCAAUCACUCACAAGUAAAAGUAACGAAAAGCAUGCAACCAUCUUUGAGAGUAUGAAUUUGGAACCUGGUGUCGAACGAUUCUUUGUUGCAUUCCGAAGAAAAUAUUUCAUCAUUCACAAGAAUCAUUUGAGAAUAACCUCGGAUGGAGUCACAUUAAUGUUGUGGGAAAAGAAUACUCAACCCAAUAGUAAGAAGAGACCCUAUCUUGUAAGAAUGUGGCAUGACGUCUAUGAUAGAGACUAUUUUGUUUAUUUGAAUUAUGGUGAAAGAUUUCCAACUUCAUACGAACAUGAACCAGAAAGUCAAUCCAAAUUCUAUCAUGUCCUUACUCGUUUCUUUAAUAACCAUGAAGAUGAGAGAGGAAAUCCACGUCUCGGUAUUACUGAAGAUAUGAAAAAUGGUCACACUCCUGAACGUGUGCUUGCCAGAUUAUUCCCAUUGACAGCUGAAGAAAAUUCAAAACUUCAUGAAAUCAAUAAGGUUGUGAGUCACAAUAUUGAAUUUGCAUUCCCAAUCAGUACUCAUCCAGUGUUUGGUUUGGAAGGAGCCAGAAAAUUCUAUUCAGCUCUCAUUUCGAAACAUAAUGUGGAGAGAGUGUUCAUGUACUUGACAAGUCCAAUCUUUUCCUAUAAUAAUGAAUUUGCAGCAGCAUCGGUGACCUAUCUCAUCUAUCCAAGUAAGACCAUGAAUGCUGAGAAUAUCGUUCCUGUCACAUGUAAUGCCAUUGUUCACUUUUCUAUUAAUCACUUGAACAAGUUGAAGCGAUUCCAUUCCUACUUUGAUCUCAAUUCUUGUAUUAACAAGUUGGCAACUGGAAGUGCAAAGAGCAAAUGGGUCACUGUGGAGUUGUAA